AUGGCUGACGAGAAGCCGUCGGUCCUAAUCAUUGGGGGCUUGGGCUAUAUCGGCCGCUUCCUCGCCCAGCACAUCCACCAGAACAAUCUUGCCUCAGAAGUCCGCCUUGUCGACAAGGUGCUGCCCCAGCUCGCUUGGCUGGCACCCGAGUUUUCGGAAGCUUGCGCCCAGAGCAAGUUCAUGCAGGCCGAUGCUAGCAAGCCGGAGGCUCUAGUUAAAGUGUUCGAUCGACCCGAUGGCAAGCAGUGGGACUAUGUCUUCAACUGCGGUGGAGAGACGAGAUAUUCCCAGGAAGACGAGGUCUACAAGUUGAGGUCUUUGGAUCUUUCCAUUGCCGUUGCCGAGGAAGCUGCCAAACGCAAGGUCAAGGCGUUUAUCGAACUAAGCACAGGCAUGGUGUACAAGUCGGAUUCGUCACCGAGCAAAGAAGGGGAUAAGCUGAAGCCGUGGAGCAAGAUUGCCGUUUUCAAACUGCAGGCAGAGGAGGCAUUGGCUAAAAUUGAAGGGCUUAACCUCGCGGUUGUCCGUCUCCCCCAUGUGUACGGCCCUUAUGCUUCUCAGUGGGUUGCGACAGCACUCUGCAUGGCCCGCGUCUAUCAGCAUCUCGAAGGGGAAAUGAAGUGGCUGUGGACCAAGGACCUGCGAACUAACACAGCGCACAUCCACGAUGUAGUCCGAGCCCUUUGGGACACUGCUACCUGGUAUGACGCCGGCAAGGCCAAAUGGAACGAGAGCGAGAUGGGCAAGGUGCCCAUAUUCAACGUGGUGGACAAGGGCGCCACUACGCAAGGAACCAUGGCUGACAUUAUCGGCGAAAUCUUCAAAAUCGAGACGGGCUUCCAAGGACAGUUGAUCAGCACCUUUGCGAGAAUGAACCUUGACAGCGUCGUGGAUGAUGUUAAUGACGAGAUUCUUGGCCCCUGGGCCGAUCUGCUAUCCGACGCCGGCAUUACACGACCAGGUCCCCUGACGCCAUUCAUGGAGAAGGAACUCCUCAAAGAUACCGACCUCAGCAUGGAUGGCAGCAGGCUGGAGGAAAUCUUGGGCUUCAAGUACGAGAAGCCAGUCAUCACAAAAGAGCUUAUCGAAGAAGUCAUUGAGAGCUACAAGCAGAUGAAAUGGUGGCCAUGA